AUGGAGAAUCGCGCGAAGACUGAUCGCCAUGCACCCCCGCAAUGCUCGUUCUCCGAUCAGGAGAUAUUCGAGAUCAUUGCCGAUAUUCGAAGAACUCCCCUGACAAGCCGCCUAUCCGAGGUACCACUGAAGAAGCGCGCUUCACUACACCUAAACUUCUACGACGGCCGAGAAGAUCCCAAGCAGUGGAUCACAUCCUUCAUGACGGCCAUGAGAAGACAGAAAUACACAUCGCCGGAAGAACAAAGCGCGCACUUCUGCCAAGCCCUCGCCGAACACUUGCGCGGCGACGCCCUAACAUGGUUCAGCAACCUCCGUGCCGACUCCAUCGACAGCUUCGACGAUCUAGCAGCCGCUUUCCUAAAGCAACACCUCCGUUUCGCAUUAGACGACCUCGUCUUUUGCAAAACCGAUGAUGAUACGAUCUAUGGUCUCGGCAAAUUCGGCUUCCGACUGGGAAGGACCAUUCCGCAUCGCGAAAGUCGUCAAACCAGGUAUCUAUCAGCUAGAAGACAACCUCGGCACCACGUCCGAUCGCCUCUGGAGCUCGUCGGAUCUGCGCAAGUUCCAUGA